GCAAUGGAUAACUUUCCGAUUCGUAUCAAUUUAAAACUUGAUCGUCAUAUCAUGGUAUUUUCAUUCGGUGUCAAAACGUAUCCCAACCAUACACUACUGGGCACGUUUUGCUUCACUGCAGCCAUCGCAACGAAGCCUUGAAAAAUUCAUUAGUCAGCUAGCGAAAUAUUAGUGACACGAUCAGCCACUAUCGCGGCCAGUUGCAUGAAUAAACGCUGUAGGUAAUGCAUUAACUGUUAUGGUCUGGAUCACUAUUUAUACUGCGUACGAUAUGUGUGUAUUUUGACCUACAUAGAGGCGCGCCCCCUACUCUAUAGUAAUUGGAUUUCAGUUGGCUCGCAAACUCACAACCAGUCAAAGUUCCAAAUAUAACCCUGAUGAUAGUGUUCCGAGGAGUGUGUUUUAUGCUUGGAGUGGCUGAAAAUAGAGCCAUGUAUUUCUGUGGUGUAUUGUGUAACUGAAUGCAUUGGUGAAUUCACAAACAAUGUAUUCAUUGUUUUUGGUUUGUUUACAUUCAUUGUGUGUCUGUAAGCGUUUCGCAUUUCAUUGUGUACAGAAUGUGAACAGACAGUAGAUGGCGCCACAUCGCCACUCCAGAAAUAGUCUAUUAAGUGUUAUUACUACACGGGUAUUCUCAGUGCCGUGGAACGCUCCGUUCACUUGCAUGGGCCCUUCACAUCUUCCGGUGGCGAAUUAUAAUUGAUAAUUCACCGUUGCUAAGUAUAAUUGACCACUGUCAAGGAAAGUAGAGCACUCCGUAAGUAGUCCGGUAACUUAUCAACCCCAGCGUAUUCGGUUGCUAAGCGACGUCAACGUCUUUCAGACUAUUUCUUUGCUGAUCAACCCUACGAAUGGUCAUCAAAAAGUGCAUUCCAAAAUGAAUAUGUAUACCGUGCCCCCCCCUGGAAUACCUGGAUGCCCUCCUGGACUAGAAUAUUUGACUCAGGUGGACCAGCUACUCAUCAAGCAGAAAGUUGAACUCAUCGAAGCGCUGGUGGGCUUCGAGAGCAACAACAAGUACGAGGUGCGCAACUCGCUGGGGCAGAACGUGUUCUACGCCGUGGAGGAGAACGACUGUCUGAGCCGGCAGUGCUGCGGCCCGCUGCGCUCCUUCACCAUCCGCGUGCUCGACAACUACAGCAACGAGAUCAUCACCGUCAGCCGGCCCCUCAAGUGCAUGUCUUGCUGCUUCCCCUGCUGCCUGCAAGAGCUGGAGGUGCAGGCCCCGCCAGGGAACACCGUGGGCUAUGUGCUUCAGCAGUGGCACCCCUUCUCCCCAAAGUUCAUCGUGCAGAAUGAGAACCGGGAGCCUGUCCUGAAGAUCAACGGGCCCUUCUGUGGCUGGAGCUGCCUGCCAGACGUCGACUUCGAGAUCCUGACCAUGGAUGAGGUCAGCAAGAUCGGGAAAAUCAGUAAGCAGUGGACUGGACUCCUGCGGGAGAUUUUCACGGAUACGGACAACUUUGGGAUCCAGUUUCCCAUGGACCUGGAUGUGAAGAUGAAGGCCACGAUGAUAGGGGCAUGUUUUCUCAUCGAUUUCAUGUUCUUCGAGACCAACAACGUCUAGGUGUGAAAUUCAAGAGCCGGUGCACCACAGUAAUGGAAGAACAAGGCCAUAGAGCAAUUCCAAUUAGGCAAACGUGCCCUAAACUUAAGUCAACUUUCACCAUGGCUGCUUUAGAGAUGAGACCGAAAGCUACCUGAAAGGGAGAGUUUCAGUGGGAGCCAAUAAAGCUUAUGGAUUUCUCCAGUCUGAGUAUGUCAGGUCAGAGGUGGGAAGAUUGUUUCUUCUGAGUAUAGCGCUCGCCAUUACGGUCAGCGUACAGUGUGGUAAUAAUAGAUAUCUGCUACAUUAUUUUGGCUAUUACAUGUAAACGUUGUUGUUGUUGUAAACGUCGAAUGACUUGCGAUAGCGAUUGGCGUUGAAAUAGUGCCUGAUGCUGCCCAGGGAGCCUCCUUGAGGCAUACCUGCGAUCUAAGUCAUCGCCCGUUUUCUUGAGAUAGAAGGGCACUGAAUAUGUGUUGAAUUCACCUCAGCUUUAAAAUUACAUAACACCGUGCAACAGUGAUAUUGGCUGCGGUCAAAUAGCCUCUUUCACAUGGGAUAGUUCCUAACUGGGUGAAAGGACCCCGAAGUAUAUAAGUGGCAGCCGUGAUAACAUCUUUUUGAUUUCUUCUAAACGCUAAGUAGCUUCAAUGCUCCCUCUCUCUUUUCUCCUUUAGCAAAGGGACCAUCUUUUAUGAAAGAUUAUAAAGUCCCAUAAUUCCUGAAACGCGUAAAAGUAACACACCAUUCGGUCCUUUACGAACGAUCGACUAGAGCGACAAUCCUUUUCAAUCACUCAUACUAAUUGUGAUUCAUGUCGAUAAAUAUGAGGGGGGUGAGCAGCAGCCAUUGUCAAUGUGACAACCAUUUCGUUUUACUUUUGUGACUGAGAGUUUUUUAUAAUUUCUUAUUUAAUUUCCAACCUUUGUAAUGCAGUUCAACAUGCGCCCAUUGUAGUCCCUCUUCGGAAGAUGUCCAUAUUGUCCAUGAUUUUUUUAGUUAAGAUAAUUUGUGUUUGAAAUUGUAAAUAAUUAUACUUUUGUCUUGAGAAUUCUUCACCACACAGUCCCACGUCCACAACAACAUGACGAUUUCCACCAAGGCCAAGAAAAAGAGGAAGGAAUAGGACAUAGGACGUAACCUUUUGGACUUUUCGAGCGCAUUCCUAGAUGCUCAGCUAAUUUACAGAUUUCCAAGGAUAGUGCUGUUUAACGAACCUGUAGACCAUCACACCAACUUCGCAAUUAAACAUCAUAUUUAUUAUUUCAGAGUGGCUAUAUUAUGCUUAUUCUAUAUCAAUUUUUUCCACACACAUAUAGGAAAAGUCCAAUGCAUGACCUACUUGAAAACAACACAACACACUGCCAUCGCAUAUCUAGAUAACUACAAUACAUAAUACAGUAUAAUAUUUAUUCGAUGUUAAGCAUUACAGAUCAAAUGAUCAUCACGUUUUUAUAGUUUUUGUUGGUUAUUUAUUUAUAUUUAUUCAUUGAUGUUUAUCUAUUUAUUGUUAAAACAAUAAACGUGCCUGGUUGUGUUUGCUUGAUGUUAUAUUUAGGGGUUGAUUUUGCCGUAAAAUCUAUAUUUUCUUUUACCAAUUUUGUUAUUUGUUAGCUUUUUUAAUGUCACUAAUUUAUAAAUGAUUAUUUUCGUUUUUGUAGACUGUUAUUGUGUAUUUUGGUACAAACUCAGGUUUAAGUGCAUGUAAUUGUAAUUUUGUGCACUAUGCACUCAAUUGCUACUAACACACAAAGAAAUUAUUUUGAAGGCUUUUGCAUUAAAAUUAUUUUACAUCUGA